UCUGCUCCUGGUCCCUUUGAAGGCGAGCAGAGAGAGAGAGAGCCUUCAAAAGGGGAUCUCAACUCAAGCUCCGCCCCCUCCCUCCCUCCCUCCCUCCGCGCGCGCACCGCGUGACAACAACAACUCCUCGUCCGCGGCCAAACAGCCAGGCAGGCAGCGCGAGCCUUGGAGGAGAGAGAAAGAGCGAAAGGACCUCCGCGCGAGCCUCGGAGUCAGCAGGCAGAGAGAGGACCUCAGCGCGAGCCUCGGUCUCGGCAGCAGCUUAGACAGAGAGAGGAACCCGCGCGCGGCUCUCUUUCCCGCUCCGCUCUCACUUUCUUCUCCUCUCUUCAACUUCGCCGCCGCCUCCUCCUCCGAGCCGGCGCAAUAAGAGAAAGGACAAGAGCGCGAGAGGAGACGCCUCCUUCUUUCUUUCCUUCCUUGCUUGGAGGGCGCUUCUUGCUCUUCUCAUUCAGCGCCUUACUGCUCCUCCCGGCGGCGGGACACUCGCUCCUCCUUGCCGCCUUUCCCCGCGCGAGGGGACAACUUUCCCCCUCUCCCUCCCUCUCGUCCGCGCGCGGGAGGGGAGGGCAGGGCAGGGCGGGGGCCGUUUGAUGUGACCAUGGCCGCCGUCCCGGCUCCUCUCAUGCCCGCAGCCCAGCAGCUCGGGCCCCCGCCGGCGCCUGUCUCCACCUCGGCUGCUGCAACCACCACUACAUCCUCCUCCUCCUCCUCCAGCGCAUCCUCCUCUUCCUCCUCCUCCUCCAGCGCCUCUGCUCCUGUUCCAGCUCCUGCUGCUUCUUCCCCGCCGGCCAGCGCGCCCUUCCGCCCGGAGCCCUCCGCCGCCUCCACUUCCAGCAACGGCGCCGCCGAGGGCAACUCAGUCCCGGUCUCGGUCCCGCCGCCCGCCCCGCCCGGAGCCCCUCUCUCCGCCGCCAGCCCCGCCGUCCCGCCACCGGGGAAGCCCGUCUACUCGACGCCGUCCCCGGUGGAGAACACCCCGCAGAACAACGAGUGCAAGAUGGUGGAGCUGCGGGGCGCCAAAGUGGCCUCCUUCACGGUGGAAGGCUGCGAGCUCAUCUGCCUGCCCCAGGCCUUCGACCUCUUCCUCAAGCACCUGGUGGGCGGCCUCCACACCGUCUAUACCAAGCUCAAGCGCCUCGAGAUCACGCCCGUGGUCUGCAACGUGGAGCAGGUCCGCAUCCUCCGCGGGCUCGGCGCCAUCCAGCCCGGCGUCAACCGCUGCAAGCUCAUCUCCCGCAAGGACUUCGAGACGCUCUACAACGACUGCACCAACGCCAGUUCCAGACCUGGACGGCCUCCUAAGCGGACCCAAAGUGUCACCUCUCCAGAGAAUUCUCAUAUUAUGCCACAUUCUGUCCCUGGUCUCAUGUCUCCUGGAAUCAUCCCGCCAACAGGUCUGACAGCUGCUGCAGCAGCGGCAGCAGCUGCCACCAAUGCAGCCAUUGCAGAAGCAAUGAAGGUGAAAAAAAUUAAAUUAGAAGCUAUGUCGAACUAUCAUGCCAGUAAUAAUCAGCAUGGAGCAGAAUCUGAGAAUGGCGAUCUGAAUUCUAGUGUGGGAAGCAAUUAUGGUUCUUGGGAUAGAGAAAAACUCCAGUCUCCCCCAAGCCAAGCAUCGCAGGCUUCUGUUAACCACCCCAACUUGCCUGGACAGCAUAACCUUCCAGUUAACCAUCCUCUCAACCCUCUCCAACAGAAUCAUCUUCUGCCAAAUGGCCUGGAGCUCCCUUUUAUGAUGAUGCCUCACCCGCUUAUUCCUGUCAGCUUGCCACCAGCAUCUGUCACAAUGGCAAUGAGCCAGAUGAACCACCUUAGCACCAUCGCAAACAUGGCAGCCGCAGCACAAGUACAGAGUCCUCCCUCAAGAGUUGAAACGUCUGUUAUUAAGGAACGAGUUCCAGACAGCCCUUCCCCUGCUCCAUCCCUUGAAGAAGGCCGGCGGCCUGGGAGUCACCCGUCAUCGCAUCGUAGUAGCAGUGUGUCCAGUUCUCCUGCACGAACCGAAAGCUCUUCAGACAGAAUCCCUGUCCAUCAGAAUGGUUUAUCCAUGAACCAGAUGUUGAUGGGUUUAUCACCAAAUGUCCUACCUGGUCCAAAAGAAGGAGAUCUGGCCGGCCAUGACAGUGGACAUGAAUCAAAAAGAAUGCACAUGGAGAAAGGACUUCGACCAUCUGAAAGAACCCUGUGGUUGAGAACUCUGUACAAAUGCAAUAGUGGUGAAGAAGCAUUAUUUCAUCAAAGAAUGGUCACUUCCAAGGAAAUGGCUUUCAAAUCCAGCCUGAUGAGGAAACUGAGAUUACUACAAGAUGAGACCUCGCUCUCCACACCAACCGCAAGAGACAGCCUUGACAAACUUUCGCUAACUGGGCAUGGGCAGCCACUACCUCCAGGUUUUCCUUCUCCCUUUCUGUUUCCUGAUGGAUUGUCCUCCAUAGAAACCCUUCUGACUAAUAUACAGGGCCUGUUGAAGGUCGCCAUAGACAAUGCUCGAGCUCAAGAAAAGCAGGUCCAGCUGGAAAAGACAGAACUCAAAAUGGAACUGUUCAGGGAACGAGAACUGAGGGAAACACUUGAAAAACAGUUGGCCGUGGAACAGAAGAACAGAGCAAUAAUUCAGAAAAGGUUAAAGAAGGAAAAGAAAGCCAAGAGGAAAUUGCAAGAAGCACUUGAAUUUGAGACAAAGCGGCGAGAACAAGCAGAACAGACACUGAAACAGGCAGCUUCCACAGAUAAUCUCAGGGUCCUAAAUGACUCUCUGACCCCAGAGAUAGAAGCUGACCGCAGUGGGGGCAGAACAGAUGCUGAAAGGACAAUACAAGAAGUGGCUGGAAUGCAGUGCUUUAGAAAUGCAGGUUCAAUGAUUAUGGAAGACUUUAUUUGAAAACUACUGUCAUGUACUGAACUUAUUCCACUGAAGUUGUGUGUGCUAUGAUUCCAAGAACUCUGCAGUAAGACAUUCACCAUUUUGAAAGUUCUGCAAAUACAAAGGUGCUUUCUGGGCAACUUGGCCACUUCAUGUAUCCAUGUGCAAAGGGUUCUGAGCUUUUCUCCAAGAGCAUUCUCCAUUGGUUUCCUGGGACGUCUCCUUGUGUUGCAGAGAACAGUUCUACAACUUAUGUAGCCCUCUUCUGGACAGCUCGCUAAAAUUUUGCAGUUGGACACCUUGUACAGACAGACCAGAGCCAGACUUUGCAUUGCCUUUGCAAUGGGAUAUAAACUGUGUCUUCUGAUUCACUGAGCACAUCAAGCAAAACUUCCACAGUGUCCACUUCUGUACCUAAAGAUUAUUACGCCGUAUGUAAACCAGCAAGACAGUAGAAAAGUGCAUAUUUCAGAGAGGGGCAUGAGAGUCCUACGAACACAGAAUAGGAACAUACAAAAAUGUACACAGGGUUUUUUUCCCAUUCAUAUUCUAAGAGAAUGUUAUUUCUCUUAAAGACAUGUUUUCUCCAUUUAAUUUCCAAGAGACCCACACAGUAGUAUGUUACAGAAAUCAAACAUUUUGUCUUGGAGCUAGCGGGGGCAGGAGUUACACUAUGUAACUUCUGUGAUUGUUUGGUCACAAUAUCCUCUCUCUCAAAGUCAGUUUUAUAAAGCUUCAAAAUCUGUCAUAACUUUCAUUGUAAAUUGGCAGUAGUUUGGGAAACGGGAAAUGACAACAAGAUGUUGCUACUUACUGAAACUGGUGGUCAGAUGUACAGUAUAUAACCACAAACCACACCCAGAAGGUAUUAUGUAUGCAGUAGAAUACUAGAUUUUAGGAAAACAACAAUUUUAGAUAAUACGUUUUGUCACCCUGUUGGUCUGAACGACACCUUUCUAAUUUUAACGCAUGCAGGCAUGUAAAUAUUUGUCCUGAAGUCACAGUAUUAACAAACGGGAUCGGAGGCGUCUGGGAAUGACUGGGGCCACUUUUAUUUGUAUAUUGGUCGGUGCUGUGAAAUGGCACUUUUAAGAGUGAAUUGUGGCUCAUGAGGAAGUCAUCCCGCCAGAAAUAUUUUUAUAUAUUAAUGUCAUAUAACUUCAACGUUGCUAAGAAGGAGAAAACACUCCCAGAGGCUAAUCAGACACUUGAUGUUAUCGAUCCAAUACCACGUAGAGCUAAGUGAUACAGUUGAAGUCUUUUGUCCUUCCAACCUACCUUGUCUUGAGCAAGGCUGGUUACGUGUUAUUUUUCCUGUCUUUAUAAAUGCUAUGAUAUCUGUUCUCCACCUUUGUGCUCAUAAUGGAAGCAAGCUGCAACACAGUGCUUACUACAUUUAAAAUUAUCUUCUUUGCUCUGCAUAUUUCUCCACAUUAUCCCCUUAAAGACUACUUUGAAGCUAAGUGUCACCAUAAGUGGUUAUGUUUUCUCCAUGUGUCACAUUUAUGCAUAUACAAUAUGCAUGGCCGUAUGGAAACAUAAUCACAAUGAUGAAAUCUCAAAAAUGCCUCACUUAAAGUAGUUCAGAUGUUCAAGGACAACCACUUUCCAAAUUUAAAUUAUAUUUUUAAAUUCAAGAUUAGAAUUUGUCAGGCUUGCUCACAAUAAUAUUCCUCUGCUUCCCCCCCCCCCCCCCCAAAAAAAAAAAAAGAUUUGGCCUACAUUGAUUUUAUAUCUAUAAUUCUUUCUUAAACAAAACAUUCUGUGGAUUUUUAAAAAAUGUUAAGGAUAUAUUGUCCCUCAAAAUUAUUACCUGAUGCUUCAUAACAGAAGCUGUCAUCUUUCUUUUUAAUUUUUUUGUUAAAUAUUCAGAAAAUAUGUAUUCCUUUUUAAAGUUCAAUCCUUAGUGGGUUAACAGCUGUCAUUCGAUGGAUUUUAUGACAAACUGCUAAAUUAUUUAUAUCAGGGGAGAAAGUUUUUUUAAAUAAAAUAAAAUAAAACAAAAACUCCAAAUGAAAUCUAUCGUAGUAUCUCCAUUGCUCUUGCUCCUUGCAAAGAAUCACCUGUAAGUAGGUUUAAUCAUUUCUACAGUGUACAUGUUCCAGAAUCUUUGGGUAUGCAUCAUUGUUUGGUUUGGUACAUGCGUAAAUGGAAAUGCUGAUACUAAUGGGGGAAAGAAGUAUAUCUUAUUAAAACAAGUGUAAAUAUUAUGUUCAUGAAAUGCUACCGUAUGAUGAAUUUGGGUUUCUUUGCCCCUCUUUAGUUAAAACCGUUUUUCUUUUGCCUAGAUUAUGAAGAAAUGUGUUCAUGUUAUUGUUUAAAAUGCUUUUUGUAAUCUUAAAAGAUAUUAAUGUCUAGUUGUUCUAUAUUAUAACCAUCUUUGCGCUCUAUGCAAGCCCUUGGAACAGAACAUUUUCAUCUUCAUGUAGGACCUAUGAAAAUUGUCUAUUUUUAUCUAUAUAUUUAAAGUUUUCUAAAAAUGAUAAAAAUGUUAUUAUGAAUUUUGUUGUACAAAAUCUGUACAAAAAUCUGUUUUUACAUCAUAAUGCAAGAAUUGGAAAAAUUUUCUAUGGUAGCCUAGUUAUUUGAGCCUGGUUUCAAUGUGAGAACCACGUUUACUGGUAUUGUAUUUAAUUUUCUUUUCUCCCCCUCCUCCUUUUCAACAAUCUGCUAAUAAAACUGUCUGAAAUCUG